CGGCAGGUCCGGACGCUCUGUCUCUCUCUGUCCAGGCUGGAUGAUAUCUGUAGGUUAAUGAAUGGACAGACGACUCUUCACCACUGUUGUGGACUGACCACCAGGUUUACUUUUUUUUUACAGACGGGGAAUUUGGAAUAACUGUGAACAUUCACAGCCAGAGACUUCACCUCUUAUCUUCUCCAGCCUCAGCCUUGUCUAUCUGUGCUCCAGUCGGACACAGCACUGCGGAGACAGGGGACGAGUCGACCCAUGGAGUCGACAUGAGUUCGGACACUAAACUGGACUCAGAGGACAGAACUGCAACACAGGGUACUGCAUUCCCCUGUGCAGAACAGACCCCUCUGGGAAUGCGCUUUGGACUUCGGUAUGUUUGACUUUGCUGUAAUCACUCCAGCGAGGUGUUUUAUCAAUGCUUUACAGCGGUUGUAAAUAUCGAUUAGCAGGAGCGCUGUCGUGUCUCUGCGGUCCUGGUUAAACAGGGUGGAACAGGAAAUCAGGCUCCGGAAUUCUCUCACAGCUUGGGAAUAAAAAGCUUACAGCUGAUGCCCUGGACUUUACAGGGAAGUGUUCUGAUUUAUAGGUUUCGACCUUGGAACUUGUUAAGAGCGUCAGGUUAGCGGAAAAGUACAAGCUUCAGAAUAAGAAAAGUCAGAAUGGGGACUCGUUAACGUCUGUGGCAGUCAUGGAAAACGUUCCCACAGACUAUACGAGCAAUGUCUCAGGGCCUGGUGACGUCAGCAACAUCUCAGGACCAACUGACGUCGAGCGGGUGCUGGUACCCAUUCUGGACACUUUCAUCCUGGUGACAGGUGUGGUGGGGCAUGUCCUGGUCAUCGUCAUCAUCUGCCGGACGAUGAAAGGUGGGAUCCGGCAGACGAGCGGAGCUGCACCCGGAGGAGUCCAACAAACGAAUGCCAACGGAACAGACAUUCUCCUGCUGUCGUUGAGCGUGGCAGAUCUUCUGCUCCUGUCCUGUGUCCCGUAUCACACAGUUGCGAUAGCCACUCGCCACUGGCCUUUCGGAGACUUCAUGUGCAAAGCUGUGAGCUUCCUGGGAGCUAUGUGCACCUCUGCCAGUGCCUUUACGCUAGCAGCCCUAGCUUUCAGCCGCUAUGUUAUCGUGGUCCAUCCGACCAAGGCAUACCGUUGGCGGAGGGAUGGCCGUAUGAAAGUGGCCACAGGGCUGCUGUGGGCGCCAGCUGUUGUUUUAGCAAUUCCUCAGUUCGCCUGGCGGACCCUGGUACCUGGAAAUGUGGUACGAACAACCAGACAGGACCUGAUCUGCUUUAACUUUCUCUCCGACUCUGGUCAGCUGGCGUACGGAGUUUGCCAUUUCUUGUUUGCGUUCGCUCUUCCACUCGGGGUCAUUGUGAUUGCCUACUGGAAAAUAUACCACUUUCUAAGGAAGGCCAGACAGGGUCGGACGGGUCAAACAGACCGACUGGAACAAUAUCAGAACCAGGUGACCCACACCUCGGUCCUGCUGGUGCUGGCUUUUGCUCUAUGCUGGCUGCCCUCCUACGGUCUGAUGCUGGCCCAGCUUUCGGAUCAGAGUUUAGCGAUGGGGCCUUCACCGCGGUACGGACCGUUCGCCACCUUUGCUCGGGUCAUGGCCACUUCUUCCACGGUCAUGAACCCAAUCCUCUACGUCUUUAUGUCGCAAAAGUUCAGGAAAGAACUCAAGACACUUUUCCGAACAAGUGGCUGCAGAGAACAACCGCCAGCAUAAUUAAUACUUUAAGAGUAACCAAUUGAUCCAACAGUGGAACAACUGUGGAUUCUACACUGAAAUAAAAUUUGAGUAAAAGGUACUUAAAAAAACUUUCUGCAUUUGCUUUUUUUAAGUAAAUUUAAUUCAGAUCAAUUUAAGUAACUUCAACUCAGUUUCAAGACUUAAAUGUUACAUAGAGUAAAUAAGUGAACUGAAUUUCAGUCAAUCCUUUCUGUAAGUAACUUUUACUUAAUUUAUUUUUGCUGAAUCAAUCCUUUAUGGUAACCUUUACUAAAUAACUGCAUACAAUAUUACCUAAUUACAAUAACUUUAUUUAUAUUACUAAAAUAAUUUUUUAUUCAUAAUAUAUUAUAAUUCCUGAAAUGUAAAUAUUUUUUAGUUAAAACACACAU